GAGAAGAAGAGCUCGAACGAAAUAAUCGAUACUUACGAUGCUUAGAUUUUUAAGUCUGUUAUAGCAUCGUAAGUACUAGAGAAUGGAUUUCGAAAGUCCAGAUGUAGAAAAAGAAUUUCCUGGGUUAUACGCUUCGGAAUCAGCGAAAAAAAGUAACGAAAGCGAUUUUAGUGAUGAAGGUGGACAUGAAAAACAUUCUAAAAAAGAACUUCUUAGCGGUAAACGAAAAGAAAAGAAAGAUCGAAAGGAUCGAGGAUAUGCCACCUUAGAGGGUGAAAGUUCCCCUGAUGAAGAUCAGGAAACAAAAAGUCCUUCAAAGUCAAAAAAAACCAAAGCUUUCAAAUUUCCAUCAAAGAAAGAAAAACGUGAAAAAUCCAGAGAAAAAGAGGGUAAAGAGAAGGAUGGUGAAAAGGAAAAAGACAAAAAGAAAAAGGACAAGGAUGAGAAAGAUAUAGAGAAAGAGAAACGUAAAGAGAAAGAAAAGGAUAAAGCAAAGCAAAAAUUAAAAGAUCGUAAAAAAGGAAAGCACACAGGGGAGGAUGGCUUGGAUAUUGGGGAGGAGCAACCAAUAUUUGGUGUUAGCCUGCAUUUAGCAGUGGAAAGAAGUCGUUGUCAUGAUGGUGUUGAACUACCUUUAAUCGUAAGAGACUGCAUUGAUUUUAUAGAAGAACAUGGAAUGAAUGUGGAGGGUUUGUAUAAAGUACCAGGAGUGAAAUCAAAAGUUCAAUAUUUAAAGAAAUUAUACAACCAUAGAGAACCAGUAAAUUUAUCUGAAUUUGAACCUACAGUAGCCACAAGCUUAUUGAUAUUGUUCCUUAGGGAGCUACCAGAGCCUGUUCUAGAGAGUAGUGAAAUGAUAUCAAGGUUUGAACAAGCAGCGUCUACAAAAGAUGUUGCUCAAAGGGAAGCACAACUAAUACACUUAACUCAACAGCUUCCUAAGUGUAAUAAAGUUCUUCUCGCAUGGGUCAUAUUACACUUAGAUCAUGUUACAGCACGAGAAAAAACAACUAAAAUGAAUGCUCAAACCAUCUCAAUGACUUUAAGUCCUGUAUUACAAAUGAGUCAUAGGCUAUUAUUAGCUUUGUUAUUUCAUUGCAAAGCUCUUUUUCCAAACGUACAAUUAAUAAAAUAUGUGCCGCCACUUUCGUCCGGUAGCGUUAAUCUUCCAGAUUCUGUAGAAAGUAUAGCAGCUGAAUUAUCUAAACAAGAAUCGUUACUCUCGCAAAUACACAUGCAAAUGAACGCAGGUUUUGUUACAAAAUCGCGCGAGGAACAAUUAUGGGAAGUACAACGUAUGAUAACGCAGUUAAAGAGGAAAUAUAAAACGGUGCAAAAAAUGGAAGGUGCAGCGCAAAAAAGUUUAGAUGAAGAGGUAAAAUCAAAUGACGAAACUGUAGUAGAAUUAAAUGUACAAAAAACAAAAGCAGAAGAGGAAGACGUAGAACAUGUGAAAUCAGAAGUUCAAGCAACAUCUACUUUAGCAUUAAAAAAGAAUAAUAAGGCACAUAUUUCAGAAGACAAUAAAGAACCAACAAGUACAAAUAUUACUCAAAAUGAACGAAAUGUUUAUACACAUGACAAGGAUAUUGUUGACUCUGGCGAGGCAUCUACACUUGCAUCACAGUUUAAUGAACAAGAAAAUACUUCAUCUAGAAUAAAUGAAAAUGUUUCAGCAGUAGAGCCUGAGCCUGAAAAUGCUAUUGACAAAUUAAGAGAGAGUUUAAUUUAUGAAGAAUUAUUAAAUAUGCAAGCAUUACUAAAAUCGCGAAUAAAUCAAGAAAGAAAUGAAAUUAAACGUUUAAUGGAAAUGUUAACGGAACGUGGUCCAGAAAAGAAAAAACCAAAGGAAAGAAUGCAUUCGCCGAAUGAAGCAGAGAUGACAGCUAUGAUUCAAUUAGUCAAAGAAAAUCAGUUACUCGAGAAAAAGAUGACUACUUUAAUUCGCAGUAUCAUAGAAGAAAAGGAUGCCUGUAUAGAACUUCGUGUUCAAUUAGCAGUUCAUCAAUUAGCAGCUAAAACCUGACCAUUAAUUAUAAAAUAAUAUUUUUAAUUCAUCAAAGGAAACAUUACACAGAUUUUAAAAAUAUGUAACAUGAUGUUUUGCACAGAAUGAACAUAUAUAGUUUAUAAGAUGUUACUACAACCAUGUUUUCUUGAUUCAUUCUAUUCUCUUGUAAAAUAAUAAAAAACAUAUUGAACAUGAA